UUGGCAGGUUGCUGCUGAUGGCCAAUCGUCAAUGGGCCCGGCCCAAUAAGCCCGCGGAGCGGGGGCGAAGCGGCCAAGCCGGAGCCCGACGCGGCUGUCUCCGCCGGAGACGGAGACUGCCUGAGUAGGUUAGGGUUGUGGGCGUGUGGGCUCGCCGGCGUCGGAGAAGAUGCCGUUGUGCGGGGUGUUUAGAGGGAUGGUCGGGCUGGCGACGCCGGCCGCGGGUGGCCGGAAACGGCGGUUGGGCCAGUGCCAGCGGGCACGCCUGUCGCCUAGUGGUGGUGGAGGCGGGCGGAGAUGGACGGCAGUGGGUGGGGUCGGGUGGGCUCGAGCGCGACAGCGGCUACCUCGCAUCUCAUUCAGAUGGUAUGCAGACCUUAAGUUUCAAGCCGUUAAGGCCAAAAUGGAUGCAGCUGAGGUUCAGUUCACCCCACUGUAUCUCUCAGUUAGCAGCUUCAAAGCAGAGGUACAGAGUUCAGGGCCGGGUGCGUCUCCCACUGAUGUGGGGAACCUUCAAUCCAAAUCAUGGCCACACGUUGUUCAGCCUCGAUAUUUUUCGAUCGAUGAUAAGGGACAAACCAUGCAAGCCAAUAUACAUCACACACAGAGAUAAAAAUGUGUUUCAAAGAGCGGCUAGUUGAAGGGCAAGUUUAUGCAUCGCCAGAUUCUGAAGUUUCUGAAGUAAAGCACUGAAAUUUCAUCACCUGUCGUAAUGGCUUGACGAUGUACGUUGGUGGAUGAGAUAGACGGAGAUGCUGUCCAGCCAUUGACCACCGAGGUCUGAAAGAUACCCCUUGGAUCUCACACCAAGAUAGUCUCCUGGUGUUUGUUAGGACGCAUCUCCGCUAGUCCUUGAGCUACUCCCAUCCAAGGCAUGGUGGCACAAAACAAUUUCCUUAUCCUGGCAGUGGCAGUAGCUCUCUAUUCUAUUAAUUGGUUGGUUGGUCACAGAUUGCUCCACUUGCUACAUAGCAUAAACAAACCCUAUGCUUUCGUGGAACUAUAACUUUCCGGUGGAUACUACAUCUUUAAGUUGAGAGAUUUAUGAUUGCUUUGAACCAGCGACCGUUCAACUUUCAUUCUUUGACUAUCCUUUGCCCUGAGUUGUUUCGUGUGCUGUUUAUUUUGCGAUUAGCAUUACUCCCGGGGGUGGCAUGUCACAUAUUUUCGUCCACUAAAGCACUCGGCGAGUGCAUGCUCAAUCUCUCAUCACUUGUGCCCACCAAAAGCGCCAUAACUGCUGCUGCUCGGGCCUUCAUCUCGCCCAUGGCUUUGAUUUCUCUUCCCACAUGAGCUCGGCCUUCCUGUUGAGGUAACCAUGCAUCCCCCCUUCUCUUCUUUUCGAUCUCCUUUAUCUAGUUGAUUCGGUUGGAUAUGCUCUGUGUAUCCAUUCUUGGGCUUGAAUCUUUUAAGGCUUAGCUUCUGCCCCAAAUUUUGCCAAGGGGUUCCCCUGAAGUCAGUUUUUUCAUCCACAAUCACCAUACUGUGUGUUUUCGAGUGACAGCAAUUGAGGUUUUCCUGCUUGGAUUGUUUUGUUUUUAGACUUUUAAAAAGUAUGAUUUCGAACCUAGUGAGAAGAGUAGACCACUUUUUAGGGGAAACAUCAAAAUAAAAGGCAAGUUGUCCACCAAUUUCUUUUGUAGAUGUGGAAUCAUCAUUCAGGACUGUUGCUCCACAGGUCAAAAAAUUGGACUGUUGCUCCAUGUGUUUCCUCUUGGUGUGAAUUUGUCAAGCACAAAUGUAUACUAAUGUUUACUUGAUUUCUUUCCUAAACGUUCUGUUUGUACGUUCUGGAUCUUCCCUUGUGAGAUAUAUAUUGGCUACUUCUAUUGAGCUAAAUUCUCGCACUCUUUUCUUCUUCUUCUUAUUUGCACUACUAUUGGAAAGAAAUUAUUGAGCCGGCUUUGUCUAUAUCUGUCUUCUGGUACUGUUCUCAACUUUCGGUGAUGCCAGGAACUUCACUUUACUAAAGUUCUUCAAUUGUUAGUGGUGUUCUCUUACUCAGACACAUGGAUGUUCUGCCUUCUAUCAAUGAGCUUUUGUUCAAAUUGCAUGAUUCAGUUUACUUAAUUAUCAACUUCUUUUUUGCCGCGAUUUCAGGUUUUGUGGCUCUCUAGGUGUGCCUUCUUCAUUAAACAAUAGCACGAUCCUAAGAUCCUCAAUUUUCCCGACGUUUCCUUACCCCAAAGUCCAAGAAAAUAACAAUGUUCUUGCUCUAUACAACUGCCCCCCUGUAGCACAUUGAUGUAAGGGAGUCCCCAAUUAUUUUAUCCUGGUACACCAAUCACCGCAAUGGUGCUCCCAACCUUACCGGUUACCCUCACAUUCCUCACACUGUUAGCCCUCUUGUCGAUUGCCAAGGCGGCUGAUAACAACUCCACAACCUCUGGCCUCAUCCUCCUAAACUGCGGAGAAUCUACCCAAGACGAUGAUGAUGGUGGUCGUUCUUGGGAUGGGGACACCGGCUCCAUAUUCGCGCCAUCAAUGAAAGGAGAUGCAGCCAUUGCUUUAGAUGCCGUCUUCGGAGUCACGGCACGGAAUCUUGUCCUCUUAAAAGACUUCAAUGCUUUGCAAACAGCUCAGGCGAUCACUUCUGCCUACCUUGUGCGUGAAUUCUCGGUGAAUGUUUCUUCAGGCAGCUUGGACCUCACCUUUGCACCAUCAGCACAUCAGUAUGGGUCUUAUGCAUUUGUGAAUGGCAUUGAGAUUGUGCCCACGCCUGACAUCUUCGCAACACCUGACAUAAGAUUUGUCAGCGGUGAUAACACAUCUCCAUUCACAUUCGACGCUGACAUGAGCCUCCAGACUAUGUACCGGCUCAAUGUUGGGGGCCCAGCCAUUUCCCCGAAAGGUGACUCGGGCUUUUACCGCUCAUGGGCCAAUGAUGCCCCAUACAUACUUGGUGGCUUUGGGUUGACCUUUUGGAAAAAUGAUAAUUUGACUAUCAGUUAUACAUCUAGAGUGCCGAAUUACACCGCCCCAGUUGAUGUCUAUGGUACAGCUCGGUCCAUGGGGCCAACUGCACAGAUCAACCUGAACUACAACCUUACAUGGAUUUUACCGGUUGAUGCGGGUUUCUUUUACCUCCUAAGGUUUCAUUUCUGUGAGAUUAAGUAUCCUAUUACCAAGGUGAAUCAGAGGUCGUUCUUCAUCUACAUCAACAACCAGACAGCGCAGGAGCAAAUGGAUGUCAUCUUCCGGAGCGGAGGAAUCGGUAGACCAACAUACACUGAAUAUGUUAUCAUGGCUAUUGGUUCUGGUCAGGUGGACAUGUGGAUUGCACUUCACCCUGAUCUUUCAAGUAAACCACAGUAUUCUGAUGCAAUACUGAAUGGUCUCGAGGUCUUCAAGCUACAGAAUUACGGACCGAGCAAUCUUGCUGGGCUCAAUCCUCCACUUCCGCAAAAGCCUGAUGUGAAUCCUAAUAGGCUAUCUAGCGGUGAAAGAAAAACCAAAGGUGGCAUACAAGCAACCAUCGGUGGUACUGCUGGUGGUUUUGCUUUAUUGUUGAUUGCCCUUUUCAGCAUGUGUGUUAUCUACAGACGGAAGAAGGCAGCGAAGAGUCCCGGCAAGACCGACUAUGGACAUGUGAAGCAUCCAACUAAAUGCAUAAAGUCUACAUGUGAUCUUGUACGUCAUUUCUCAUUUGCUAAAAUUCAAGUUGCCACCAAAGACUUUGAUGAAGCACUUAUCAUCGGCAGAGGCGGUUUCGGGAAUGUCUACAUCGGCGAUAUAGAUGGAGGGACAAAGGUGGCGAUCAAGCGAUGUGACCAGAAAUCCCAACAAGGCUUUCAUGAGUUCCAGACUGAAAUCGAGAUGCUGUGCAAUUUCCGCCAUCGCCACCUUGUGUCUCUGAUUGGCUAUUGUGAGGAGAAGAAUGAGAUGAUUCUGGUGUAUGACUACAUGGCUCAUGGAACACUGCGUGAGCAUUUGUACAACACCAGGAACCCACCACUGCCGUGGCAGCAGCGCCUUGAGAUUUGCAUCGGUGCAGCCCGAGGACUGCAUUACCUCCACACCGGCGUAGAGCAAGGAAUCAUCCACCGUGACGUCAAGACCACCAACAUCCUACUGGAUGAUAGGUUAAUGGCAAAGGUUUCCGACUUCGGUUUGUUUAAGGCUAGUCCAGACAUUGGCAACACCCACAUGAGCACUGCUGUUAAGGGCACCUUUGGAUAUCUUGAUCUGGAGUACUUCCGGCAGCAGCGUCUCACCAAAAAAUCAGAUGUGUACUCCUUCGGGGUUGUGUUGUUUGAGACCCUGUGUGCGCGCCCUGUGAUAAAUACUGAGCUCCCUUAUGAGCAAGUGAGCUUGCGUGACUGGGUGGUAUCUUGCCGAAAGAAAGGUGUACUCGAGGAGAUUGUUGACCCCUGUGUUAAGGAGGAAAUCACCCUUGAGUGCUUCAGGAUAUUUGCAGAGAUAGCGGAGAAAUGCGUUGCUGAUCGUAGCAUAGAUAGGCCAUCAAUGGGUGAUGUACUUUGGAACCUUGAGGUCGCACUCCAGCUUCAGGAUAGUGCAAGCUACAACACCAGCUGUGCUGAGGGUGCAUCAUCUCUUCAGAUCAGCGGAGUGCAUUCAGGCAAACCAUCAACCAACUCAACAAUUAGCGUUGCAGCACAGGAAGCCAUAUUUUCAGAUAUUGCACAUCCAGAAGGCCGAUAAAAGCAAAACACAGGUUGCUUUGAUAUUUUUCUACAUAUGUGAUCGCCAAGGUUGUCUGGUGCUUCAGUAAUCUUGAUGCAAUAUUAUACCAAGCUAUCAAGGAUAAACGGGGGAUCUGAAUUAGACAUAUUACCUGAUUUUAAAGCAUUCUCCCUUCUCCGAGUCAAUGAAGAACUCACCAACAGUGUAAUCAAUCUAAUUGGGGUUAGGAGGGUGCCCAGUGGAUAUCCAGUGUCAUCCAUUGUGAUUCUUAGCGUCUUAUCCAGGUUUUUCAGAGGCCGCGAUUGUGAUGGCAUGGACCAGAAGUCGAUGACGCCACGGAGGCACCCGCAGCCUCAUCGAUGCAACGGGACGCCAGAUAUAUGGAGCUAGUGGGGCCAUAAUUACAGAGUGAAAGCUAGGCAUACGUUCUUUUAGAUAGUAUGCUUAUCCCACAAAAUUCCUAAGAAUUGUUGAAUUGAAUGCCCACCUACACUCAGAACUUUUCACAUUCAACCAAACAUUUUGUUGGCCCAUUCAUAUCUUGCAACUUCUGCAACUUCUGCAAUCCUCGAUUCUGCACUUUCAUGUUCACGUGUUCUUCUUUAUCGUUAGGAUUUUAUUCAUGUGACCCGGUGUAACGGUGGGGUCCAUGGUCAGCGACCCAGACCAGACAGGAGUCGAACCAGCCGAGGCGGGACCGAGCCAGGAGGAG